AUGCCUAUCCCAUUGGGCACCAAGUGGUUUCCUCCUGGUGAUGUUUCUCCAUUUGCUGAAACCCAAGCCACUACAUAUCAGAGCAAGGCUAAGAAAACCCAGAAAAAAAGCCAGUGUCAGCCAAAAGUCAAGGCUAAUGAAGCAGACCUUGAUGAAAGCACCCGAGAACAAUUUGAGGGUGACCACACACUCGCAGAAUCAAUGCAUUUCAUGUCAGAUGCACUACUGGCUCAUGAAUUUGCAUAUACAGUUAUUACUGGUGACAUUGGACAGGCCUAUAAAUCGUCAAUCUUGAAGGCCUUCCGGUCUUACCGUGAGACAGAACUGCAUUUUUUCUGCACUGGUUGUACAUAUGGAGGACACAAUGUUAAUGAUUUUGCCCGUGGUGUGGAUAAGUUGGGGGAAGGGAAACUACAAAAAUGGAUUAAUGAAACCAUGCAGUCUCGUGGACUGAUGGCAGGGGUACAUGUACCAAACAAAGCAGAAAUAGAGGCCAACAAAAUUGAGGAUGGAGAGCAGGCUGUGAGCAACAAAGAGGCUAGUGAAAGCAGUGAAAGUGAGGAGGAAAACAGUGAGGAGUCAGCUGAAAGCGGUACCCGCCAAAUGGAUGAUACAGGCAAAAUAAUAGCUGUAGAAGACCAGUAUGUUGAGGAUGAUGAACUUGUAGUCAACUACAGCCACAACAGCAAGGAUGAAGUGGGACCAUGGCUAUCUGAUGAAGACAGUGUAGUAGAGGAGGAAGGUGGGAGCACAUCAGAUGAGGAUGCCUGGCAAUAA